CACCUAUCUGUUUGGUAAGAAGGGCAAUACAAAGAGUUGAACUAUCUAUUGGUUUGAAGAUUAUAUUUUAUAAUUUUUAUAUAUAUCAAAAUAUUAAAUUGAAUCAAUAUUAUAAUAUAUUAUAUUCAAAAUGUCAGCCAAAGCUCAAAAUCCUAUGAAAGAUCUUAAGAUCGAAAAACUUGUUUUAAACAUUUGUGUUGGUGAAUCAGGAGAUAGACUAACCAGAGCCUCUAAAGUUUUGGAACAAUUGUCUGGUCAAACCCCAGUUCAAUCAAAGGCUAGAUUUACAGUUAGAACCUUUGGUAUUCGUCGUAAUGAAAAAAUUGCAGUUCAUGUCACAAUUAGAGGCCCAAAAGCUGAAGAAAUCUUGGAACGUGGAUUAAAAGUCAAAGAAUACCAAUUGAGAAAUAGGAAUUUUUCAGAGACUGGAAACUUUGGAUUCGGUAUUGACGAACAUAUUGAUUUAGGUAUUAAAUACGACCCAAGUAUUGGAAUUUACGGUAUGGAUUUCUACGUUGUUAUGGGCAGACCUGGAUUUCGUGUUGCCAGAAAGAAACAUUGCAAAGCCAAGGUUGGUCUUUCUCAUAAGAUCACUAAAGACGAUUCUAUCAAAUGGUUUAAGGAAAAAUAUGAUGCUGAUGUUUUAAAUAAAUGAGUUUAAUGUAAUAAAAUUAAUUAAUAAACACCAUAAAAUUAGUAUAUUUAAUAAAUUUUAUUCCACACUAAGGGCGCGAAUUUUGAUUUAUUAGAUAAGAGUAAUUUAAUUUCAUUUCAUUUAAUUUAGUUUAGAUAGCACUAAUAUUAUAUUAUGAAAACUGUAUAAUCGUGAUAAGAAAGUGACAAUGCAAGGC